AUAGGUGUGCAACAAUUAUUGGCACCCUUUUAGUCGAUACUUUGUGCUACCUCUGUUUUGCCAAGAUAGCAGCUCAGAGUCUUCUCCUAUAAUACCUGAUGAGCUUGGAGAACACUUUUAAAUCCACCGAGGAUUGUUUUUGUUGCCUCCCUCUUCCAUCCUACAGCAAGGAAUGAAAUCGAAAAAAAAAAGAAAGAAAGAAAAAAGAAAAAAAGCCCACGCUGCAAACACUUCCUGUAGAUUCCUUCCAAACUUCAUUGAGAGUCGGAGUGUGUCUCUGCGGGCGUUUCAGCCAGUGCGCUGCGCUCUGAUGUCAUCAGGCGGCCACAGCUGGAGCGCCUCUGUAGCGCCAGUGCGUGUGAAAAACGCAUCCUGUGCGGGAACAAACACGCAUCAUACUGCUUUCCACGCAGCGGAGAGUUUCUAUAAGCCUGUUAUUUAUUUAUUUUUGCACCUCGCCUAUUUGAACGAACUAACGGGAAUACGAGGAGAUGGAUAUCAACGUGAUGCAGAUUUUAAAAGAGGAUCAGUGUCCUACUGCUGGUGUUGAGGAGUGUUUGGUGAACUUGGACUCGCUUUCGGAUGCGCCUCUGAACUCCUCAGGGAAUGAGAGCUGGCCGAGGGAGGUCGAGACCCUGUCCCCCAUCGUGCCUGUCAUCACAGCUGUCUACUCUGUGGUGUUCGUCGUCGGCCUGGUGGGAAACUGCCUGGUGAUGUAUGUCAUUAUAAGAUACACUAAGAUGAAAACAGCCACCAAUAUCUACAUCUUCAAUCUGGCAGUAGCUGACGCCCUCGUGACCACCACCAUGCCCUUUCAGAGCACAGAUUACCUGCUCAACUCGUGGCCCUUUGGAGAAGUGGUCUGCAAGGUCUUCAUCUCCAUCGACUACUACAACAUGUUCACCAGCAUCUUCACUCUCACCAUGAUGAGCGUCGACCGCUACGUGGCCGUGUGCCACCCAGUCAAGGCCCUGGAUUUCCGCACACCCGUCAAGGCCAAGAUCAUCAACAUCCUCAUCUGGGUUUUAUCCUCGGCUGCUGGCAUCCCGGCCAUGGUUCUUGGAAGUACUCAGACCAACAAUGGCACUACAGAGUGUGCUCUGCAGUUCCCUGAGCCCUAUGUCUACUGGGACACACUGAUGAAGAUCUGUGUAUUCGUCUUCGCUUUCGUGGCACCUCUGCUCAUCAUUAGUGUGUGUUAUACUCUAAUGGUGCUGCGACUGAAGAGCGUUCGCAUGCUAUCAGGCUCACGUGAGAAAGAUCGCAAUCUGCGGCGUAUCACGCGUCUUGUUCUCGUCGUGGUGGCUGUGUUCGUCGUGUGCUGGACGCCCAUUCACAUCUUCAUCCUGGUGAAGGCCCUGGCGCCUGGCGUGCCCGAGACCACCGCCGUCAUGGGCGCCUACUUCUUCUGCGUGGCACUCGGGUACACUAACAGCAGCCUCAACCCCAUCCUCUAUGCCUUUCUGGAUGAGAAUUUCAAGCGCUGCUUCCGUGAUUUCUGCUGCCUGACACGAAGCAAAGCAGACGGAGUGGGCGUGACACGGGUCAGGAGCACCCUCCGCGAGCACACGUGCCAGGUAGAGGGCAGAGGUGAGAGAGGCCGUGGCAGAUCGGUAUGACUAGCUGUGGAGCUCUCCUCCUUCCAAGGCCUGGAAAUCUCCAAUGACCUGGGAUUGACACAGAUCACCACCACCUUCUGAGGAGGAAAUGGACGAAGACGGGCCUUUUACGGUGUGAGAGCCACAUCCUCACGGAGCACGUAAAAAAGAAUUGUUCCAUAACGUAGUGUCUAAAACAAGCAUCUCAUUCCACUAUCCAUUUUUUUAGAUUCACUUCUGCAGUCUUAUUAAUAAAUACUAAAUGCUUAUCUCAAUAGUUUAACUAAACAUCGUCUCACUACCUAGAAUGUCUGAAGGCUUCAGCAGAGCUUUAGACACCAGCUCCAGCGCUCCGUCAAAUCAGCUGACUUGCCUGCAUUAGUCCCUACCCAACUCCCACAGACCUUCAUGUGCCAUAUUUCCCAUGUCCGAUUGCUCCCGAGCCAGAUACCAAAGACAGUGUCUGAUAAAUCACGAAUGACGGUUGUAGGCGAUGCUCUGUAUCUGAGUAUUACACAACUGAAUCCUCCAUCUAAGUGCAUUAUAAACAAAAAAUGGAGUUGGAUGCAAUGGGCUUUACUUCACAUGUGGGAAUUUAAAAAAGAAGAACUGUGUGGACAUGUGAUUGGGGAUAACUUUUAUGAAGACUGUGAAUUAAGCAUUUAAUACAUACGUGUAUAAAACAUAUAAUUUCACCAGUGAACCACGAUCAUAACGUGGGAUUCAGUGUGUGAUUUAUUGUUUUUUUUUUUAAAUCGUCAUGAGCGACACUUAUCUGCGUCAGCAGGAAAAUCACCGUUAUACAUAUUAUACAUAGACGUAAACAAAUGCCGAUUGCUGCUUUUCGCUACAUUUUGUAAUUGAUCGUGUGUAAAAAAAAUAAAUAAAUAAAAUAAAUAAAUAACACUUUUAGAAAAGUGCUUCUUAGUGUAAAAAAAAAAAAAAAAUCGGUAUCAAAUUUGAUAUUUAGUGACGGUUAGAAAUAUUUCGUAUCAAAAGAGGUAUCAAGAAAACGAUUUCUAGACCUCUUGCUGCGAAUCUUAUUUGUAGUAUUUGGACAGAGGGCUCUACAAAUGCUAAAAACUUGAAUCUGUCGUUAAGUUGUAUAUGUUCGAUACCGUUUGGUGUCUUACUCGGAAGAACAUAGUUCACGGUGACAUUUUGAACGGAAUAUCGUUGUCAGUAAAGUUCAUUAGAUUUCAUCUAAAGGUAUUACAUAACCAUGUGAUAAAUUAUGCUACGGUAUUUUUAUUAUUAUUUUUUUUUUGAUAAUGUCUAAAGCAGCACACUGUGCGUCGUUAAGGAAAGGUCAUUAACGUCAGAUAUUGACGUGUUUGUGUUUGGUCAUCUUUCUUUAAUGAUCAUGCAGUAUUGUAUAUUAAUGUAAGCGCUGACUAUGUGAAUGGGUUUGCCUGUAGAUACCGUAAUGAUUAGUGACAACAUCUGUGGCUCUACAAAUCAACAUUCUUAAACACUGUCAGGAGAGAGGAGUUUGGAUUAUAUUUAAAAAAUUUAUAUACAUAUAAUUUACAAUAUGUCAUGUCACCUUUUUUUGGCGCAGUACCUUUUCCAUUGUACAGUUGUACAGUAUGAGAUCUUUGCUGUUUUGUUUGUGUUUGUUUAUCACUUUUGAUUGAUGCACUUUCUUUUGUAAAAUGUAAACACAGUAACCAACUAUUUGAUGAUGGGGAGCCAUAUCUGUAGGCAGCACUGUGGUGCAACUCACAAGGGUCCCUAGUUUGAUCCUGAGCUUGAGAUUUGCAUGCUCUCGCCAUUGUCCUUUGGAUUGUCUGGUUACCUCCCACCUCCCCCCAAAAAAUCAAGCUGGUAGAUGAUUUGGUGUGUGUGUGUGUGUGUGUGCGGAUGGGGGAGGGAGUAGGGGUCGGGAUGGCGAUUGCACGCAUGGUGCCCUGUGCUGGAUUGACGUCACACAGGGUGUUCCCAGCAUUCCCAGGCUCUCCUUAACCCUGAAUAGGAUAAAGUGGUUCCUGAAGAUGAAUGAAUGCAUCUUCUCUGUGUAGCUACAGUAUUAUUUGGCUUGUAUGUAACUUGUAAAAGCUGUUACUAAAUUCAACGGUGUAAUAAAAUAAUAAAAU